AUGUUAACAGCUAUAGAUAUAUACAAUGAAGAACUCAUGAAAGCCCUUGAGCCUUUUAUGAAAACUGGCUCUUCUUCGUUAGUCUCUGAACAAUCACAAAUUUUGAAUCCCAAUUUCGAAACUCAAAGAAGCUCUAUAGGUCUCAACCAACUCACCCCUUCACAAAUCCUUCAAAUCCAAACACAAUUCCAAAUCUCCCAACAGCAAAAAAGCACUCUCGCACAAAAGCCCGUUCCCAUGAAGCACUUUGGAACUCCCUCAAAACCCAUGAAACUGUAUCGGGGAGUUAGACAGCGUCAUUGGGGAAAAUGGGUCGCUGAAAUAAGACUCCCAAAGAACCGUACUCGUCUCUGGUUAGGUACAUUCGAUACCGCAGAGGAAGCAGCUUUUGCUUAUGAUAACGCAGCUUAUAAGCUUAGAGGCGAAUUCGCACGCCUCAAUUUUCCACACAUGCGUCACUAUGGAAAUUAUAAUCCUCUCACUUCCUCGGUUGAUUCUAAGCUCCAAGCUAUAUGUGAAUCCUUAGCGGUUUCUCAAAAACAGGGGAACACCGAAAAGAAGUGUAUCUCUGUUGAAGAAGUAAAGCCGGUUGUUUUUAUUCCUGCACAGUCUAAGACUGAAUUGGUUUUUAACGAGUUUGAGGAUUUUAAGGUUGAGAAUGAGAACAAGCUGUUGUUGUCUAUGUCUGAUGAAUGUUCCCCUGGUUUGUCUUCUCCAGAAUCCGGUGUAACUUUCUUCAAUUUUUCAGAUUCUUGUCAGUGGGAUGAAGUGGAGAAUUUUGGGUUGAAGAAGUACCCUUCUGUUGAGAUUGAUUGGGAAGCAUUAUGA